UUUGACAGUUGCACUGUGACCAACCACUUGGUGUGGUUGCUUUUCCUUUUUUUUUUGUUUCACGAACAAUUCAAGAAAUUGUGGAUUUCUAAGGAUUCGCGCAAGAAGCCAAGACCCAACCAGACCCUCCAGUGUGCCGCAACAGGAAAUAUAUAUAUUCAAAUAUAUUUAUAUGUACAUGUGGGCGUUAUCGCUGCCCGGACGUAAUAAUGAAGCUGCUUCUCAAGGAACUGACGCGUUUCACGACGCAACCACGGACCUUCUAUUGCUACAUGUUCCUCAGCAUUUGGAUAUUUUUGCUUAUAGCUGGCAUGUAUCGCUACAUGGGCAAUGCUGAACACAAUGCCAGUCCGGGCAGCGGCGGUGGCAACUAUAAUCUCAACACGGGCACAGCCAACUCGGAUGCAAGUGAAUUCGCGUCGAGUGCUCAGCGUUUCGCACAGUAUCGGGAACGCUGUGCGCCGCUGGCACAGCUCACUCGAGUGGAUGAUGGUGGCAUGCUGGAGGGCUGGAAGCUGCAGGGGGUCCUGCUCGUCAUCAGGCAUGGCGAUCGUGGUGCAAUGUCGCAUGUCCAUGCUGGUGGCAUCAAUUGUGGUGUGAAUGCCGAUGGCGACAGUUUGGUCAAUAGAUAUCGCAGCUUUUUGCACAACUCCAGCAGUUCCGCAUCGGGCUCGAAUCACAUGUACUGGAGCAAGGUGGGUCCGUUUCACGGAUUUCCCCUACUACCAGCCACGGACCGCGGCUGUCCUUUGGGCCAACUCACCUACAAAGGGAUUGCUCAACUGUUGCACGUGGGCGACAUACUGCACCAGAUCUAUGCACAUCCGUUGGGACUGCUCCUCAAGCCGAAUUCAGUGCGAGGAGGAGGAGCACUGGAGACGACGCCACAUACGCUACUCAAUUCGGAUGAGGUGGUUGUGUUCACGACGCGCUAUCGUCGCACCUUUCAAUCGGCGCUGGCGUUGCUCUUUGCCCUGUUGCCGGCGGAGAAGUGGUUGGCGCUGAAUGUCAGGGAAUCGCAUAGUAUGGCCUUCUGCUUUGGUGACUGCAGCUGCGCCCAGUCGAUGGUGUUGAGGAAGCGGCUGAUGCAGCUGGCGGAUCGUCAGUUGUUGCAACGUCCCGAUGUGCUGGCCGUGAUGCAAUGGAUUGGUGGCACGCUGCUGCAACAUGCGCCCACUGAGGGUGGCGUAACGAAUCCCUUCGAGGUGGUGGAUGCCAUGUUAACGGUGCUGUGCCAUGAGGCGACAACGCUACCUUGUCGACGACGCAAUGGCAGCCAGAUGAGAGAGGCGAGCACCAGGAAUCAGGAUCUCAUUGAUGUCAUCAACAUUGAUCAGGAUGAGACGGCUGGCAAUGCGCCACAAGCGGCUGCUGCUGCUGCUGAUGAUGCUGCUGGUGCUGGUGCUGCUGCACCCGCAGCGGAUGGAAUUGCUCCAUCCAAUGAUGAACAGCAGCAGGAGUCGGAUGGAUGUGUGGAGGCAUUGCAUGUGGAUGCACUCAUGUCCUUUGCCGAUGAGCUCUCGCUGCGCAGCGCUCGUCAUGUCUACUACAAGCGUUCCGGUUUACUGCGCGCCUAUGGCAUGAUCCGACAUAUUGUUGGCUAUAUGCUGAAGAUGAUCUCCGGUGAUCGGACGAAAUUUGUGCUCUAUUCCGGACACGAUUGCACCAUGCAAUAUCUGACCGCUGCACUGGGCAUACAAAAUGCACAGGGACAAACCAUUCCAUAUGCCUCGAGGUUGGCCUUUGAAGUCUAUCGCAGCGAGGCGCAUACGGAUUAUUAUUUUCGUGUCGUCCACAAUGGCCGGGAUGUCACCCAGCAGAUCGAGUUCUGUGAGGGUGGCAAGAGUUUGCGUGUGACGCGCGAUAGUCGCGGCAACAAGGCCGACCUGUGCCCCAUUGAGAAUAUUAUUCGGUUCCUGCACGAGGACUACUUUGGCCCAUUGAAUGCGACCAAUUUCAAAGAGGCCUGCGCAGCAUCUAUUGGCAGCCCAGCCAAGGCGAACGACUUCUAACAGUUCCAUCUCUCUCCACGCACUUUGUCAACUGUGAUAAGUAAUAGCUAAGGCGUAAGCCAUGAGCCUGUCAAGCAUAUACAAAAUAACAUUUUUCAUAUAAUCCAGCUUGAUUUUAUGGAAUUUUUGGGCACAUACAUAUAAGUACAUACCCAACUACAUACACACACAUAUACAUAUACAUAUACAUAUAGAUGCAUAAUUAGCCGAACUUCAGCUAAAUAUUACGAACUUUGUAUUUGUAUUUUAAUAGACAUUUAAGUUCCGUAAAUCGAUACAUAUCAGCGAUGGCUUCCAAUCCAACGCAAUCGUUUUCUUAUCCUUUAUCCUUUGGCUAAGAUCUUCAGGCGAGUACAUCUACUCCUUGGAAAACCUUACAUAUCAGCAGUAUACAGUUUAUAUAUACAUACAUAUAUACAUACAACAUAUGUUAUUCCGCAGUUAAGUAUUUCAAUAA